GUCAGUCCCACAGUGUUUUUCUCGGCUGAAGACAGUCCAGCCCGGUUGCUUCAGGAGGGACUCAGACUCGACAUGUCCCGAAUUGUCUGCUGCAGGUUGACGACACUGAAGCAGAAGCAGAUGAGUUAACUGCCAUUUUAUCCAAAGGUGGAUUGAUGGACCUCAAUUAUGGCAAAGUGGACAUGAUUCUGCAAUCACCACCAGCAGCACGAUGUCCAAUAUGAUCACCCUGACUGCUGUCAGCAUCCUCUACUUGCCUGUUUUGCUGUUUGAAGCAUUCGUGUUAUCUAAAGGCAAGUAUGAGCGGUCAGUGGUGCCCAGCUCUGCCUCUCGUCUGGUGGCCAGGAUGGACGGGGAUAUCAUAAUCGGAGCUCUCUUCUCUGUUCACCACCAACCGUCAGCCGAGAAGGUGGCAGAGAGGAAAUGUGGAGAAGUGCGAGAGCAGUACGGUAUCCAGCGAGUGGAGGCCAUGUUCCACACCCUGGAUCGGAUUAACUCCGACCCAAACCUGUUACCCAACAUCACCUUGGGCUGUGAGAUCAGGGACUCCUGCUGGCACUCGUCUGUGGCUCUGGAGCAAAGCAUUGAGUUCAUACGAGACUCGCUCAUCUCCAUCCGGGAGGACAGGGACGGAUCCAGGUGGUGCAUCGAGGGGACCCCUUCUAGUCAACCACCCCCCACCAAGAAGCCCAUCGUUGGGGUUAUUGGACCCGGAUCGAGCUCGGUUGCGAUUCAGGUUCAGAAUCUUUUACAGCUGUUCAACAUCCCACAGAUCGCCUACUCUGCCACCAGCAUUGACCUCAGUGACAAGACAUUAUUCAAGUACUUCCUGCGCGUGGUGCCCUCUGACACUCUGCAGGCCCGGGCCCUGCUGGACAUCGUCAAACGGUACAACUGGACCUAUGUGUCUGCAGUGCACACAGAGGGUAACUACGGCGAGAGCGGUAUGGAGGUCUUCAAAGAGCUUGCCUCCCAGGACGGCCUUUGCAUCGCCCACUCUGACAAGAUCUACAGCAACGCAGGCGAGAAGCACUUUGACAGGCUGCUGAGGAAGCUGCGCGAGCGUCUGCCCAAAGCUCGAGUGGUGGUGUGUUUCUGUGAGGGGAUGACGGUGCGAGGGCUGCUCAUGGCCAUGAGGCGGCUCGGAGUUGCCGAAGAGUUCCUCCUAAUUGGCAGUGACGGCUGGGCAGACCGAGUGGAGGUGGUGGAGGGUUACGAGCAAGAGGCGGUGGGCGGCAUCACUGUGAAGCUGCAGUCUGAGGAGGUGUCCUCAUUCGACGACUACUUCCUCAGACUCAAACUCAGCACCAACACCCGCAACCCCUGGUUCCCCGAGUUCUGGCAGUACCGCUUUCAGUGCCGCCUCCCUGGACACCCACAGGAGAACAUGAAUUAUGCACGAAACUGCUCAGGUUAUGAAAGUCUGGAGGACAACUACGUUCAAGACAGCAAGAUGGGCUUUGUUAUCAACGCCAUCUACGCCAUGGCCCACGGCCUGCACGACAUGCACACUCACCUCUGCCCCGAUCAUGUGGGUCUCUGUGAGAACAUGAAGCCUGUGGACGGCAGCCACCUGCUGGACUUCCUUCUCAAGACGACCUUCACGGGGGUUUCAGGAGAGGACAUUUGGUUUGACGAGAAUGGGGACUCACCUGGGAGGUAUGAGAUCAUGAACUUCCAGCGUGUGGAGCCGGGUGUUUAUGACUACAUUAACAUCGGUUCCUGGCAUGAGGGUGUCCUCAGUCUGGAUGAUGAAAUGAUGCAGAUGAAUCGCAGCGACAUGGUCCGCUCAGUCUGCAGCGAGCCUUGCUCCAAAGGAGAGAUCAAGGUGAUCAGAAAGGGAGAAGUGAGCUGCUGCUGGAUCUGCACUGCCUGUAAGGACAACGAGUACGUCCAGGAUGAGUUCACAUGUAAGGCCUGUGAGCUGGGCUGGUGGCCGGAUGAAGAGCUGGAAGGUUGUGAACCAAUCCCCCUGCGCUACCUGGAGUGGAGCAACCCAGAGUCCAUCAUCCAGGUGGUGUUCGCCUGCCUGGGCAUCCUGGUCACAUCAUUCGUCACCUUCAUCUUCGUCUUAUAUCGUGACACGCCAGUGGUCAAGUCUUCCAGCCGGGAGCUCUGCUACAUCAUCCUGGCUGGGAUCUUCCUGGGCUACCUGUGUCCUUUCACCCUCAUCGCCCGUCCCACCGUGGCCUCCUGCUACCUCCAGAGGCUGCUUGUUGGACUCUCGGCUGCCAUGUGCUACUCCGCCCUGGUCACCAAAACCAACCGCAUCGCCCGUAUUCUGGCUGGCAGCAAGAAGAAGAUUUGCACUAGGAAACCGAGGUUCAUGAGCGCUUGGGCUCAGGUGGUCAUAGCCUUCAUCCUCAUCAGCGUCCAGCUCACCUUGGAGAUCACCCUCAUCAUCAUGGAGCCUCCUGAGCCCAUCAAGUCCUACCCCAGCAUCAGAGAAGUCUUCCUCAUCUGCAAUACCAGUAACAUGGGUGUUGUAGCACCUCUGGGCUACAACGGCUUGCUUAUCAUGAGCUGCACUUAUUAUGCCUUCAAGACCCGCAACGUUCCUGCAAAUUUCAACGAAGCCAAAUACAUCGCCUUCACCAUGUACACCACCUGCAUCAUCUGGCUGGCGUUUGUGCCUAUCUACUUUGGAAGCAACUACAAGAUCAUCACCACAUCCUUCUCCGUGAGCCUCAGUGUGACUGUAGCUUUGGGCUGUAUGUUUACGCCAAAGAUGUACAUCAUCAUCUGCAAACCAGAGAGAAAUGUGCGCAGCGCCUUCACCACAUCCGAUGCAGUGCGGAUGCACGUCGGUGACGGCAAGAUAGCCUGCAGAAGCAACAGCCUGCUCAACAUGUUCAAGAGGAAGAAGAACACUGGAAAUGGCAGUUCUAAUGGAAAGUCUGUGUCAUGGUCUGAACCAGGUGCAAGACAUCCUCCCAAAGGGGAUCACAUGUGGCACAGACUGUCAGUGCAUGUGAAGAGACAGGAAGCAGGUUCCAAUCAGAUGGCUGUCAUCAAACCCUUAACUAAUACCUACCAAAACAGAGGCCUGGAGUUCUCAGACCUCAGCACUAAGACUUUAUACAACGUGGCGGAAGAGGACGAGGGUGAUCCCAUCAGAUACAAUCCCCCCGUCACUCCCCCUAUGAUGGCACACGGGCAGAGUCCUGCCUGUGGGCUUACAAAAGACCCAGAGCAGGAGAUGGAGCUGUACACAUCUGAGCAUCUGCAGCCUCUUAGCAUUAUCCCCCAACACGUCGUCAUGGACCACCUGCAGGAGGAGAGGCUGGUUGAUAAAUUCAGCAGUGACAUCUCUGAGCUCAAUGAUAUGAUUAGCAUGCCUGAGCCUGUUAGCGGCGGCAGGCCGGUUUACCACCAAGCCCACCUCAUCCAGCAGGAACCCAUCCUGCCUAUGCAUCUAGACCCGUUCGAGGAGGAGCCCACCUCCCCUCUGGAGGAGGAGGAGGAGCAAGAGGUGGAGAAUGAGCAGUUUGGCCUUCUCCAAGGCUACAUGUACAACAAUGCUCAGAUCCAUGAUGAGGAGGACUUAGUCGAGAUUAAACAAGCAAUGGACGACUCUCUGGCCUUGAUGCCUCCCUCUCCUUUCCGAGAUUGCGCUGCUCCCCCGGUGAGCCCCUUCCCAAACUCACCAGUGUCUGAGUCAAUUUUGUGCAGUCCUCCAAAUGUGACGUACGCCGCUGUCAUCCUCAGAGACCUAAAACAAAGCUCCUCUACUCUGUGA